AUGGGUCGUGUAAAGCAUCAGAAUCCUCGUCGAAAUCACUAUCAAAAUAGGAAUUUUAAUCCGAAUUCUUCGAAUAACAACAUGAUUCAAAUAGGACAACAUGGCUUUUUCAUCACAUUCACCGCAUCGAAAGAAUCCUUUGUUCGUAACGAAGUUUACAAUUUGCUAAAUCGUUUCGCUGAUCAAUUAUUCGGACCGGAAUUCGUCGAGGAAAAACAACUUGACGUCAACGACCUCAACGACUUAGACUCCGCAUUAGAAAGCGAGACAAUGAAAUUAAAUGAAACAAAGAAAGCCGUUCGUCGCUUUCGAAUCGUCAAAUCUGGUACAAAGCAUUCAUUUUUCGUCAAUACAACAUUAUCACUAACGUCCACGAAUCAAUUAAUCGAAAACAUCUUUCAAACGAGUAUUCAAACUAAGGAACAACAUAGUCGUUAUAUCGAACGUUUAUUACCAAUUGCAUUCGUAUGUAAAGCUUACGAUGAUGAUUUAAGAAAACUGAUUAUUAGGAAAGAAUUCGUCGAACAUAUUCUAUCACUUAUCGAUGGAAAUGAUAAUCUAACGGAUAAUACGAUUUGGUUUGAUGUGCAAGCGAAAAAAUCCAACAAUACGCAAGUGAAAUCGAGUCAUUUAGAAGAGAUUCUUAUCAGCGAUCUAAUCUCUAGAAAGGCAGAAGAUUUAAAUGGAACAACUCUUAAGCGUGAUUAUAAAAAACCUCAGAUACUGAUCUUGUUGCACGUAAUUAGAAAUGUUAUACUAAUUUCUAUCGUAAAACACUACGAGCUGUUUAAAAAGUACAAUCUUGCAUCGAUCAAUUUGACAACAACAGUUGGAGAGAAAGUCGAAGAAGGAGGAGAAAAAGAAGAAGAACAACAACAGCAACAGCAAAAGAAGAAGAUCACAUUCGAUGACGAUGACGAUGAUGGAGAAGAAGAAGAAGAAGAAGAAGACGGAGUUGAUGAUGAUAAAGAAGAAACAAAAGACAAAUAA